AUGACAUAACGUUAGAAAGAAAGUAGAGAUAACAAUUCAGGUACAGCGCAUAUAUAGAUAUGUAGAUAUACGUUAUUAACAAAUCUAUUCAUCCUAAAUAGCUAAUGAUGUAUACUGAUUUUCGAGAGCUUUUCCGGGUUGUAUGGUCCACAUUUGCGGUUUACCUCUCCAUUCUUUCUUUGGUGGGUGGCGGAUUCCUGGUGGUGGAUCUAUACCACAGACCAAGAUGGAUUCUCAAGUAUAAGAUCCAAAAGGGGAAAAAUCUCAUGGUUAGGAACAUUCCUUAUUUUACUAUAGAGAAAAGGCGGCUUUGGGAUUUAUUUAACAAUGUAAUUCUCAAUAGCACCAUUAUCUUGUUGCCAGGGGCUGUUGUGUUUUACUUUCUGUUAAAAUGGCGUGAUGCAGAUCUCACUUUUACAUCACCCUCCAUCACUGUAUUUUUGCUUCACUUUUCUGGAUUCAUUAUAAUAGAGGAAAUAGGAUUUUAUUACGCACAUAGGCUUCUGCACUCAUCGUUCCUCUACAAGCGAAUACACAAGAAGCAUCACGAAUGGACCGCCCCUGUUGGACUAACUGCAGUAUAUGCUCACCCUGUAGAAAUGCUGGUCUCCAACCUUAUUCCGUUUUUGUGCGGACCAGUGGUAUUCGGAAGUAACCUUGUGACCUCAUUAUGGUGGUUUGCUAUCGCAUUCACUGUUACCAUUAUACACCAUAGCGGAUACCAUUUACCAUUGCUACCAUCGCCAGAAUUUCAUGACUUCCAUCAUUUAAAAUUUACUGGGAAUUACGGCGUUCUUGGGGUUUUGGAUAGAUUACAUGGUACAGAUAAACUGUUUCGCGAGAGCUCAAGGUUCAAGAAACAUCGAGUUAUUUUUUCUGCCGCGGCUUUAACAUAAUCUGUUGGACAUGUAGUGGAUAUAAUUUAAGCAAUAUGUAUACUUUGUUCGAAGGAUGUAAUAAUCGAAAAAAAAUUUUUAUAAAGCUGGCAAAGUUGCA